AUGCAACCACCCCUUCUCAUUGGUAUUUCGGGCCCUUCGUCGUCUGGCAAAACAACCUUGUCCCGCCUGUUGCGAGACAUAUUUCCGCCUUCGAAAAUCUUCAUAUUGCAUCUCGACGAUUUCUACCUGACCGACGCCCAAAUUCCAAUCAAGGACGGCAUCCAGGACUGGGAUUGUCUAGAGUCGCUUGACGUAGCCAGUCUAGUCAAAGCACUACAAGACAUAAAGCUGCACGGAAAGAGCCCAGACUGGCUUAGCAGUAAAGAAGAUCAAAACAGCGUCGGCGAGCAUCGAGUCCCCGAAAGCGAGCUGGAAAGACUCCGAAGCUUGGUUCGUGGCUGGCUACGUGCCACACCCUCAUGGGAGGACCGCAGAAUAUGCAUAGUCGAUGGCUUUCUACUCUUCUCGGAAGACAUGCGCGACGUUCGGUCCAUGUUCGACCUCAGGCUUUUCCUUCGCACCAGGUACCAAACUGCGAAGAAGAGGAGAGAAGCAAGGAGCGGCUAUGUAACGCUCGAAGGCUUCUGGGAGGAUCCACCGGGAUACGUAGACAAAAUCGUUUGGCCCAACUAUGUCCAGGAUCACAAAUUCUUAUUUUUGGGCGGAGACGUCCACGGUCCGUUAGACCCUGGGGUCUGCAGCAGAGUUGGCAUUCACCCAAUGCCUCCAGACGCCGAGGAAAACAUGGCCGAGUGCCUGGCUUGGGCCGUGGGCGUAUUAGAGAAUGUCUUGAAGGCUUCAUGA